AUGGGAUUGGUCACUCAAUAUAGUCUGCUGUUAGCAGCAGCGGCGGGUUUGCCUUUCAGUUCAGCAGAUGGACAAUACCGAUCUCGUCCGGAUCUCACAGUCCCCAAGUUGAAUAUCACCGUGCCUGCGCCCGACGCCAAUGGCUCGGAGUAUGUGUUUGUUGCUCCCUACGCCAAUACCAUCCCACAGCCUGGCGCUUAUAUCUACCGAAAGGACGGUGAUUUAGUGUGGUCCGGCGUUGGGUACUACUCAGGGUUUGUGGCGAACUUCCAUCCCACUACAUACAAUGGGAAGACUGUCCUCCAGGGCUUCCAGGGAACGAUGGACCAAAAUCAUGGCGAGGGGGUUGGCCAACAUGUGCUGCUCGACCAGAACUAUGAACAUCUCAUAUCAACCAGGACUGGAAAUCACCAUAUCCCAUCGAUUCACGAAUUUACCGUUGUCAAUGACAAGACUGCUCUUGUGGAAAUUUAUCUUCCAACCAUUGCAAACCUGACACUGUGGGGUGGCAAUUCGUCCCAGCAAUGGCUUGGAAACGGGCUCUUCCAAGAAUUUGAUAUCGCAACUGGAGAGCUAGUGUUUGAGUGGAACUCCCUGGACUAUCUCGAUCCUGCAGACAAUGAUGGAAACUACCUCGUCUCGUCACGACACUUCAGCACGAUAUUCAAGAUCAACGGAACCGACGGCUCCAUUAUCUGGCAACUCGGUGGCAACCACUCCACAUUUACCCAAGAUUUCACAUUUGGCUUUCAGCACGACGCCCGCUGGCGAUCGCAGUCCGGCAAUAUCGACGUGAUAUCCUUCUUUGACAACUCAGGCAACGGUGAAAUAACCUUCAACAACGUCUCCAGAGCCCUGUUUGUCCAGCUCAACCACACGGAUAACACGGCAACCGUCAUUCGCAAAGCCACAGCCCCAUAUGGCCUGGAGGCUAAUUCUCAGGGUAACACUCAACUGCUUGCGAACGACAACUUGUUUGUUAGCUGGGGGUCUGCAGGUGCCUUCACGCAAUUUAAUGCCGACAAUGAAAUCCUCUAUCAUGCGUUCAUCGAAGAUGCGGUCAGCUACCGUGGGUUCCUAGCCAAUUGGACUGGUACACCGAGUGAAGCUCCAGCUCUUGCGGCAUACGUGGACUCAGCCAAUACCACUCGGUUAUAUGUUUCCUGGAACGGAGAUACUGAAACGAAGGUCUGGAGGUUUUACCAGGUUCAAGAAGGUGAGACGCAGUAUCUUGGGGAGCAGAGCAGAACGUCGUUUGAAACAUCCUUCCUUUGGGAGAGCGAAUACAGUCCUGCAAAUGAUGUGAAGUUUUACGCAGAGGCGAUUGGUGAUAAUGGGGAUGUUCUUGUCAAGACACUCCCUUCUCUCGCAACUAGCUUUACUGAAAUUACGGAGUGA